AUGCAUGGUACUGCGACUCCUGUUGGCGACCCAUGUGAGAUGACAGCCAUCGCGAAUGUGUUGGGCCGGAGACGUAGGACGCCGGCCGGCGGUAAGGAGGAGGCCGACGGCGGAGAUGCAGACCAGCCCCUAACAGUUGGAUCUGUGAAAGCAAACAUCGGCCACAGCGAGGCGUCCUCUGGAGUUGCCUCGGUAAUCAAGGCCAUCCUCAUGCUCCAGAAACAGAUGCUGCCGCCCCAAGCUGGCAUGCCACACGCUCUCAACAAGCAGUUCCCAUCACUGGAAGAAAACAAGAUCAGAAUCUUGAGCAAGGCCGCCCCGUUCCGCCCCGAGAGUGGGAAGAGAAGGCGUGUUCUGAUCAACAACUUUGACGCUGCGGGCGGCAACACGGCGUUGGUGGUGGAAGACUUCCAAGGCCUGAACACAAAGACCGUAACCUCUGGCCCUGAAAAUGACCCGCGAUCAGCACACGUUGUGGUGCUCUCGGCACACACAGCCGCAUCACAUCAAGCCAACAAAUCCCGGCUGGCAAAAUGGCUUGCUGCGAACCCGUCCGUUCGUCUUGAGGAUGUCGCCUACACAACCACGGCCCGAAGGGUCCACCAGCCUUCUUUCCGCUUCUCUUGUGCCGCAUCUUCUACGAAAGAACUUAUCCAGGCACUGCAGUCUGACUCAAAACCCACAACGACCAAGAAAUCGCCCGUCAUCUUCGUCUUCACCGGCCAGGGUUCACACUACGCUGGCAUGGGCGCCGACUUGUAUCGCACAAGCACAGUUUUCAAGGACACUGUGGACCUUUGCCAGCACAUAUGCAGCGGAUUCGGAUUCCCACCUUUCUUGGAUAUCAUCACCGGGACCGGAAGUGGGGCACGAGCCGGAGCCGGAAUGGGAGGUGGGGCCUGGAACACGGCGCAGACGCAGCUCGCCGUACUGGCACUGGAGAUCGGCCUCGCUACCUUCUGGAGACGGCUGGCUGUUGAGCCGGAUCUGGUGAUGGGCCACUCCUUGGGCGAGUAUGCUGCGCUUCACGUGGCCGGCGUACUCUCGCUCGCUGACGCCCUCUUUCUCGUCGGUUCUCGCGCCGCCUUGGCCAUGCAGAAGUGCAACAGCCAAGGUGUCUGCGCCAUGCUCGCUGUUGCGGCACCCGCAGACGCCGUUCGAGACCUUAUAAAGGAUCUGGGCCUUGAUGCGGAGAAGUGCUCCGUUGCUUGCGUCAACAGUCCCAGCGCGUCGGUUGUGAGCGGGACAGUCGACGCCGUAGCACGGCUCCAGGGAGCGCUCAUGAAGCAGAAGACGCGCUCGAAGGUCCUGCCGCUACCCUUUGGCUUCCAUUCAUUCCAGGUUGACGCCAUCAUAGACGACUUCAUGGCGCUCGCGUCUGGUCCUGGCAUCACCUACUCACUGCCGCCAAAGGUGCCCGUAGCCUCGACGCUCCUAGCCUCUAUUGUGGACGGAGAUGCUGCUGCAGGAAGUCUUAAGUUCGGUCCUGAAUACCUUGCCAAGCAAGCUCGAAACCCCGUUGACUUUGUCGGCGCGCUCCAUGCUGUUAAGGCCAAGUUCAAGGACAACAGCCCGGUCUGGCUUGAGAUUGGCCCGAGCCAGGUGUGCGGCGCAUUUGUUCAGGAGACUCUCUCGCCGCGGACUGGCCAUGUCGUGUCGACGCUGAAGGGUACCGGUUCAAGUCCUUGGACGGGCAUCCCCGAGUGUCUGGCCAGCCUGUACGUGAACGGUUGCGAUCCGGACUGGCUCUUGCUCCACGCGCCAUUUGAGAAGAACCUCCAACUACUCACGUUGCCGUCGUACUCCUGGGAUACCAAGGACUUUUGGAUUGCCUACAAGGAGAAAAAGUUACUAGAUGGAUCUGCUGCUGGUGAUAAUGGUGCCCCGGGACAUCUGGCCCGCCAACAGCCCAUCAUAUCCACUUGUGCGCAGUACAUCGUGGACAAGACCAAAGACAAGGAUGGCAAGACCCGCGUCACCGUCGGCGCUUCCAUUGCAGUCCCAGGACUCCUUGCCAUGAUGGAAGGUCACCGCAUGCAAGGCGUGGGUCUCUGCCCUGGCUCCGUCUUCAGUGAGGCCGCAUUCGUAGCAGCCAAGUGCGCACUCGAGCAUCACGACGGCCGGAAGAUGGACGACAACUUCAACAUCAUGGAACGCUUCAGUCUCCAGAAGGCCAAUUUGCGACGUCCUCUCACGGCAACCAUCGCCGGUCCGAAUGGUGAGCUUCAUGCCACAGCUGUCAUUGAGUCGGAGGGUGUUAUCCAAGUCGCAUUCAAGGCGCUGUCUCAAUCAUCAGCACGCUCGUUCGACCUGGGCCGCUGCGACGUUGUAGUCCGCAACGGCAAUCAACCCAAUGCUGACUCGCACUCCUUCUAUAUCAGGGCGAGAAUGCUUGAGGUGCAACGGUCUUGCAGCAGCAGACUGCCAGCAAGCAUCUUCUACGCUCUGUUCCCGCGUGCCGUUCAGUACGCGUCCGACAACUACCGUUGCAUCCGGGAGGCGUUCGUCUCAGACGACUUUUCGGAGGCGGUGGCCGAGGUUGUACCUGUUCGCGACCCCGCUGACGUGACUUUCGUGGCGGGAUCGCCUUACUGCGGCGAAGCCCUGGCACAUCUGGCCGGUUUCCUGGUUAACUGCCAUCCGAGCCGUUUCUCUUCCGAGACGGGCACUAACUCAAGCUUCAUCAUGGAUAGCCUCGAACGGUUCGAGCAGAUGGCGAAGAUCGAGCCUGGUCAGUCGUACUGGACUUAUGCGCGAGUCUCUGAGAGGGGAUCUGACUCGGCUGUCUGCGAGGUUGUCGUCUUUGACGAUGCUGACAAGUUGGUCAUGAGGACCUGGCGGAUGAGGUUCCAUGAGGUUCCCAACGCGGCUUUGCUGCAGACCUUAGCUCCCGGCGCAGGUGGGAGACAGCAACAGGACCAGGACCGGUCAGUCAAGAUCGGUGGAGGCGCCGCCAGGGUGAUAGAGACGCCUCCGCCGGCAGAUCAUUCCAAUACGAUGGUGACAAAGACGGAGAAUGAGACAAUAGCCGAGCAACCGUCUGUGUUCCGGGAACAAGAUCCACGUCUUGACGAUGGUACAGGUAGCAGCCAACAAACUCCUAGCCAGGCCAAGGCCGGCUUGCUUCCAGUCAUCCUCGACAGUAUUGCCGAAGAAACAGGCUUGGAAACGACGGAGCUAACAGAGGAUGCCGCGCUGGCUGACCUUGGCGUGGACUCUAUCAUGGCCGUGGAGAUUUGUACGCGGGUAAAGGAGAAGUCUGAUUAUCCUCUGUCUCCACUGUUCAUGCUGGAGUAUCCGACUAUAGGUCACCUUGUCCGCUCGUUUGGUACAACAAAGUCGCAAGAACAAUCAGAGAGACAACAGGAGAAGGAAACACCAGACGAGAAAGAGCAAGAAGAGGGACAACAAAAGGCAACGGUAUCCACAUCCUCUGUUCAAACUGGUGACUUCACUGCAUCCGGGGGAUCACCUCUUGCUGAACGCACGCCAGAGUCGUCUUCAUCUUCGUCGGUAGUUGAUGAAAAGACCACCAAUGAUGAGCCUCUUCCAAAAGCCCGAAUCACCAUGCUGCAAGGCCGUCCACAGGCCGGCAAGGGGCGCCUGUACUUGGUCUGCGAUGGCGGUGGUAGCAUCGCCACCUACAUCCAUCUGCUCCGGCGCCAGUUCCCACUGCCCGUCUACGGCAUCGACUCACCCUUCCUGCGCUGCCCGUCGCGAAUGACGACACAGGUUGGCAUUGUCGGCGUUGCCAAGAUCAUGGUGGAAGCUCUUAUCGAGAUUCAGCCCAAUGCUGGUCUGUCCGAAGCUGACGAGGACUCUAUCGUUAUCAGCGGCUUCUCCGGUGGGUCCCUCUUCUGCUACGAAAUGUGCCGCCAGCUCCUUGCACAAGGGCGGCGCGUGGCCGGCAUCGUGAUUCUGGACAUGCGCAGUCCUCUUCCCCCGCCGCCGCCAUCAGCAGCUGCUUGGUCGGACGAAGAGACUUGGCCUAUCUUCUUCACCACUUCAGGAGAGCACUUCAUCGGCAACACCCCAGGGUUCGACAUCACGGAGCACCUGCGCGCCAUGUUCACGUGCGUCCUGGAUUACCACCCGCCAUCCCUAGCAGACGCCGGACCAGUUCUUCGCAUUCCCGCCGCCGUCGUCUGGUGCAAGGGAGGCAUGGUAGGCCGUCUGAGGCGGCGCCAGCCCGACCUCGUCGCCAAGCUCGCCGAUAUGGGCUACCCUGUCGAGCCGUACCAAGGGUUUAUGGAGAACCCAAAGCUGGGCGCCGUGGCGUGGAGCCUGCCGGACAAGAGUUCAGAAACGGACCUGGGCCCCGGUGGCUGGGACAAGUAUGUAGGCGCCGGUAAGGACGGCGAGUUGGGCAAGAAUAUGGUGUGCUUGGCUAUUGAGGGGGACCAUCAUGACGCUAUUGCUCCUACGGGGGCGCAUCGCUUGGCGGAAUCGUUGGACAAGGGUGUCAGAUAA